GGAGGAGGUCAUGUUUGGAUAAGCAGCUUAAAAUUGAGUGGCCGUCCCCUUCUUGUUCAUACUCUGCCUCUCCAAAUUCCCCUAAUAUUUUACCAAAACUCACCACCGCACUUCCAUCAUGCCCCCGAUACCAUCAGUAUCCCUCUCUAAUCGUCGUCCCAUUAGUGUCAUCGUUACCCAUGGCCAGUUCCGCCCUUACUCUCUCUAGCUCCUCUCUUAUUAAACCCACUUCAAAAUUCACAUUCUUUCGCAACAAAUUUGUUGUCAGAGUUCAAAAGACUUCAAUUUUUGCUAUGGCUGCAGCCCCCGGUUCUACGGCCACUGCUGCUAAGGUGGCCCCGGCCGUGAUAGUCGGCGGUGGACGGGUAGGAAGGGCCUUGCAAGAAAUGGGCAAUGGUCAGGAUUUGCUGGUGAAGAGGGGAGAGUCUGUGCCACUUGAUUUCGAAGGCCCCAUUCUGGUCUGUACCAGGAAUGAUGAUCUUGAGGCUGUUCUUGAAGCUGCUCCCAAGUCCAGAUGGAACGAUUUGGUCUUUUUCCAGAAUGGGAUGCUGGAGCCGUGGCUUGAAAGUAAAGGGCUAGGAGAUGCAGACCAAGUUCUCGCAUAUUUUGCUGUUUCGAAGCUUGGGGAACCUCCUGUUGAUGGAAAAACUGAUACUAAUCCUGAAGGAUUGACCGCGGCAUAUGGAAAAUGGGCAUCUGCUAUAGCUACAAGAUUACAUGCUGGAGGCCUUUCUUGCAAGGUCCUUGACAAGGAAGCUUUUCAGAAGCAAAUGUUAGAGAAGUUGAUCUGGAUUGCAGCAUUCAUGCUUGUUGGAGCUCGUCAUCCAGGGACAAAUGUUGGUAUGGUGGAGAAAGAAUACCGCUCAGAGUUGUCUAGCCUUAUUGCAGAACUUGCAUCUGCAGCAGCUGCAGAAAAGGGGAUAGUAUUCGACGAAGCUAUUGAGGACAGGUUAUGUGCUUACUCAAGAGCUGUUGCCCACUUCCCAACAGCUGUUAAAGAGUUCAAAUGGAGGAAUGGCUGGUUCUAUUCUCUCUCUCAGAAAGCAAUUGCUGAGGGGAAACCUGAUCCUUGUCCGCUACACACAGCCUGGCUUAAGGAGUUAAAAGUUGUCUAGGUUAUCAACAUUUCAUUUUAUUCAUGAAUUGGAAUACAAGCUUUUAAGAGUACCUGUAAAAAUAGUGAAGUGCAUAUAUAUUUGUUCUUCAGCUUC